AUGAACGAUGAUUAUGAAAUUGUGAACAGAGUUACUCAAUUUUUAUCGUCUUGUGAUACAGAAGACUUCAACAAGAUUUGGAUGAUGUGUUUCAACUCAUUCCAAUUGCCAUUGUAUAGCUUUUAUAACGAUGAUCAGAAAAUAACUGAAAUUACAAAAGUUUUCAGCUAUUUCAUAAAAGCAAUGACAUUGGUGAUAGACCCUGCAAUAAUUGCUGAUGAAUUUACGACAAAGUUUUCUUUCCUUCCUUUCAAAGUGGCCAAGCCAAUAAUCGCUGCUUUCUACAAUGCCAUCCGCGAAAGAAACGAGUUCGGAAGGACAUUGUAUAAAAUAGAAAAAGAUGAAUGUUUGAGAAACCAAAUUUAUUUCAUGAAAGAUACAAUUAGAGGAAGAAAGAUUGAUUCAAGGGUUUGUGCGAAAUGCCACAAGAAAUUAGGUAAUGGAGAUGCAGUUGUUGCUAAAUGCUGUCAUGUGUUCCACUCUGAUUGUUCUUUGGAUGGUUGGUGCCCAAUUUGCAACAGAAGAUUCGAAAUUAUCAGCAAAGAUCAGUUUGUUUCUCAAAGCCAGAUCUUGAAACAGUUCGAUCAUAAGGAAAUUAAUGUAGAGAAAUCAAAUGUGAAGAAAAGAAGCAAUGGUUCUGAUAAAUUACUCCAACAACCAACAAUUGGAGAAGUUGUUGUUCCUCUUAAUAAUAUUAAAAACUUUUGA